AUGAUCAGGACACCCCACGAGGACAAAGUGUCGGAGCUGCCGGUCGGCCCUCAGCCUCCUUUCUUUCAGAAGAAUCUCUUCAAUCUGAUGGCUGCACCCACCGUUGACAAAAAACCAGAAAACAGCAGCUUUGGAGACGUCCUGCAGCAGGUUUACCCCGUCUACCGACAGGGUGAUGUUGUCUCGGUCACGUUCGUAGCAGGAAACCCCAGAAAUUCAGGGGACAUCAGAGAUAAAACGUUUGUUACUGUGGAGAUUCAUGAUAACAGAACUAACAACUGGGACGUUGUGUACACUGAUGCAUCAUGGGAGACCAGGUUUCACUGGCUGAAGGGCUCCAACCAGCAGAGUAACUCCACCGUGGAGUGGCACAUCCCCCUGUCGGCCCCCACCGGCUCCUACCGGAUCAGACACUUCGGACACUACCGGCAGAGGAAAGGCCUGCAGGCCAUCAUCACUCCGUACCAAGGCUCGUCAGACGUCUUCAGAGUCACCGCCAGCUUUUACUAUCACUGAGAUCAUCGAUUCGU